AUGCAACAAAAAUCUGAGCACGAUUCAAGUGGAUUCCGUAUUAACUGGAUCGAUCUAAUCGACAACGAUACAGGAGUAGUAGUGUGGCAUACAAAUGAAAAUUAUGCCCUGCCCGAUAUAGAACAUGAGGCCAUCAUACCUAGACAAAUACUGGAUUGCAGAGCUGUGACCAGAACCACGAAUUUCUCUUUUAUGCAUCGAAUAAAUCAUUUUAAGGCGAAACACAAGGAAUUUUUACAGGGUGAUUGCAUUGAAGAGUUUGAAUAUGAAUUUGGUACUGUUUUUGCCGGAUUGGUUGUAAACUGGGAAACGACUUUUGAACGAAGACAAGAAAUUACAUCGUCAUUUGCAAAUGUUAUAAGUGGUGAUUUGAGGAUAGAAACAAAUUUUUUUGAUGGUGAUAAAUUGAUAACAACAUCAAAUGUCAUAAUGUUUUUUGAAUGA